AUGGGAAGGGCAAAGAAGCACGUGCCAGUUCUCCAGGUGAAGAAACCCCAGGUGUGGCUGCUGGACGCUGAGUGCGGUGCAGGUGUGGAGGAACCAGAUCUGCCCCCGACCCAGCGAAGGGGGCGUGGCCGCCCCCCCCCCCGCCCGGGGAAGUUCACCUUGCGCCCCCCACCCCCGGAGGCAGAGGCGCGCCCGGCCCGGCCCGGCCCGCUCCGUGCGCACAGCCGCGCGCGCCUUGGCCGGCUGAGAGAGGCGCCCGGGCGCCGGAUGGCUCUGCUCGCCCGCUCCGCGGCGCCCGGCCCGGCUCGCCAGAGGCUCCGCCCGCGGGGCUGCGGCAGCGGGGCGCUGCUCGACCGCUUCGGGGUGCUGGUCCAGGCGCUGCUGGCCGUGGCGGCGUUCGGCACGCUCAUGCUUAAACGGUUUAAGGAACCAAAAGCAGAGAGGCGACCCUGGAGAAUAUGGUUUUAUGACACUUCGAAGCAAGCGAUAGGAGCAGUCUUCAUCCACGUUGCCAACGUGUUCCUCUCUGAUCUGACGGAGGAAGAUCCCUGCUCGCUCUAUCUAAUGAAUUUCCUCCUGGAUGCCACACUGGGGAUGCUCGGGGUCUGGACUGGUGUGAAGGUGGUGUCCUGGAUUGUAGAGAGGCGGAAAUACACCCAUCUUGUCUUUGGCGAGUAUGGUGAUCCCCCACAGGCAGGUGCUUGGAUUGGCCAGUGCACACUCUAUUUGCUAAUAAUGGUCUUUGCAAAGACAGCAGUCGGCCUCCUCUUGCUCAUCCCUGGCUGGAGAAAACUUCAGGAAAUUCUUCUGGACUACAUGCCUGACCCGCAGAUGGAGCUGGUGUUGAUGAUGCUCGUGGUGCCUUUUACGGUCAAUGCUGCCACAUUCUGGGUGGUGGACAGCCUGAUCAUGAAGAAGCACAAGCAGAAGGAAAUCCUGAAAUUUGAAAGCAGCCGCAGGAUGGAGGACUCACAGGCUUUGAAAGAGGAACAGUACCAGGCACUGCUCUGUCCAGCCUUGGAUUUUGACCGUUCCAGAGGCAAUGCAGACCUGUUGGGCUCUCUCCCCCAUGGAAUGAACUCUUCGAUAAAGCAACCGGACUUUCAGGAUACGCUUGGACAAGGAUUCGUAACCAAGCUAAAUGGAGGGGAAAGCGACCACUGUUAGGAAAUCGCCGUAAACACACUGCUUGAAUUUGGUUUAAGCAGCUUCUUCUGGCUUUCGAGUUUCCAAGGAUGUGGAGGCGAGUGGAAGAUGUGAAAAGACUACGCACUUAAAGGGGGAUCACAAGGCAGCAACAUCAUAAUUUGACAUAUUUCCUCCUGGGAUGUCUUCCCUCUAUAGGACUUGCUAGGAGUAUAAUAGUGUGGGCAUUUUGGUGGAUGGAAGUUUACAAUUGUGGCUGUGUUUGGUUCACUGGCUCCUUCAAGAACAUGUUGGAUCAAUUUAAAUUAUAUCUUCUGGCUGGCCAGCUGGUGACAGUUUUACACUUGAGUUUGGUCCAAAAUGCCAAUCAAAACCUUGUAUCUUUUUUAAUAAGAACUGAAAUCAUUUGCCUUGCACUGAAAUGCACAUGAACGCACAGGUUGCUUGUUCAUUGCAGCCUCCUAUAUUUAAAAAAGCCUUCGGGGCUGCCCUUAUUGUCUCAACUUUUUACACAUUUU